AUGGCUGCCUGGACCACGAUUCUAGUAGCCUACCUUGUCGGCGGCGUGACGUUUGUACCUUUGGUGGUUGCUUCGAUUUUCAUCUUGGGAUACUAUAACCUACCCUACCAGCGCGUCCUCGGCAUCCAAGAUGACCAAGAUGAGGGCGAUAUUGUCCAUCCCGGCGAUGACACAACUGCGGUUGAUGAAGCUAGGAGGGAGAGGAAUAACAGCGAAUCCAAGAGAGCAAACACCGACAUCGAUGUCGCUGCCGGAUACUUUGCAGUAUGCCGUGAAUACAUACCCAUGGGAAUCAACGCAAAGCCCGUGGAGCGCUCAACACCCAUCGGUUCGGCCACCGUGACUCCAACCAGUCCAAGCGUCUACCAGACAAUGUACAGGAGCAUCUUCGAUCGCAAGGCUGCCGCAAAUUCCAUGGAAAAUAGCAGCAGCGUUAGCCAAAGACCCAAGAAGGCAGGCAAUGUCUUUUACGUGGUGCUAAGACACGGGCAUCUAAUGCUUUUCGACGACGAGGAGCAGCUCGAAGUGCGACAUGUGAUUUCUCUAGCACACCACAGAAUAGGAAUAUAUUCGGGAGGCGAUGUUACACCCGAAGGCGAACUCUUUAUCAAACGAAACGCAAUAUCCUUGACGCGAAAAGCCAACGAACCCGAUCAUACGCCGGACAAUCAGGGAUCUAAGCCGUUCUACUUGUUUUCCGAAAAUUGCUCGGCCAAGGAGGAUUUCUACUUUGCCAUGCUCAAAAACCAACAGCAUACAUUCGGUGUCGAACAAAUUGCGCCAGUCCCCAAACAUUUUGACCUCAAAUCCAUCAUUUCGCUCGUACAGAAGCUACAUUCGUCGGAAGACCAGUCGCACUUUCGCUGGAUUAACGCACUCAUUGGUAGGAUUUUCCUGGGCGUGUACAAGACCCGAGACCUGGAAUCAUUUAUCCACGAAAAAAUCACCAAAAAGAUCUCGCGCGUCAAAACACCUUCGUUCCUCACCAACAUCAAGAUCCAGCAAAUAGACACCGGAGAUGCUGCACCAUACCUCGCCAAUCUGAAACUCAAAGAUCUCAACGUCGAGGGUGAAUGUGUUGUAGAGGCUGACCUGAGAUACACCGGGAGCUUUCGGAUCGAGGUUGCUGCUACAGCGAGGAUCGAUUUGGGGGCGAGGUUCAAAGUUCGAGAAGUAAACCUGAUUCUGGCCGUGGUUCUUCGCAGGCUAGAAGGUCAUGUUCUGUUUAAAAUCAAACCGCCUCCCAGCAACAGAAUAUGGUUCUCCUUCCAGACGAUGCCAAAGUUGGAAAUGACCAUCGAGCCCAUUGUCAGCUCGAGACAAAUCACCUAUACCGUCAUCACUCGUCAGAUAGAAAAUCGCAUCAAGGAAGUCUUUGCUGAGACGUUAGUUCAGCCUUUCUGGGAUGACGUUCCCUUCUUUAACACGGAACACAAGCAUUUGAGAGGUGGAAUAUUUGAAGGAGACGACGCAGUCAAGUCCUCCUCUCCACAGCCUACCGAACCCUUGGCCCAAGUUGGCGAUGGUGAAAUUCCAGAUGUUGUCGACGCCGGCGUUGUCCAACCCUCUGAUGAUGCUCAAUCCAUAGAGAAGAGCCAAGGAAUGACAGUAAUUGACCCUCUAGAGCCAGCGCCCAGCCCUCUUGAGAAGAAAGCAGACAGACUAGGAACUCCGUUGUCGGGUCUGGCGUCAUCAACCAGCGUGGAUCUUGCACCUCCAGCCCCGGUCCAUUCUCCUAGGAUCGUUAAAACCUCUACUGAGCCCAUUGUCGGAACAGAAAUAACCCAUGCUGAUCUGUUCAAACCCUCGACAUCUCCACCGGACUAUGCCAUGAGCCAUAUGGCGGCAUUGCGCUCCAGAUCCCAAGAUGCCUCACCAGGACCGAUACCGAUAACCAAAAAGGCGUCACAGUCCACUCUAGUCUCUAGGCGGUCAUCCUCUUCUUCAAAAGAAUUGCACCUCAACUCUAGCACGGACGACGAUAUGAAUGCCGACCACAAGCUUGCGCCCCAACCACAACAACAUGCGGCAUCAAUUUCUGGACCAACAAUGGGUUCUGAGCCAGAUCUCUCUCGGACGUCUACCGCCAGCUCACUGAAAUCCCAGGCAGGCUCAUUUAGCCGUAACCUGUUCCAAAAGCGAGAACAUCCCCAUGCCGCAACCUCUCUCGAUGGUGAGGUGACAGCACAAAAGAGGAAUACCUUGGCAGCAGUCACAAAUGCAGCCGCCCAAGCAAGGCAAUGGGGGUGGAAUGCCCUCCAAAGACAACGAGAAGCCAUGAGGAACAAUGAUAAAAAUACCCCUGUCGAUUUGAGCCAGCCCAUGGGCCGAGGGCAGCCCCUUCCGCCACCAGGGACACCACUUCCGAUGCCAACAAAUGGUGGCACCAAGAUAGGGCCCGUUCCCACGUCAAAGCGAAGAUCCCCUCCCAUCAUCUUGGAGGAUCCGCUCGCCCUUGUGACUGAAGAUGACCAUGGUGCUAUGCCUUCACCGGGGAGACGCCCGUCCCCGCCGCGGAGAAGGAGACAAGAUAGCCAUCAAGAGGAAGAAGAAGAUAGCCCAAAUAUCCUCAUUGUUGCUGCGCCAGACGACUCACAGCCUAAUACCCCCGCAGUCGACGACGAGGCACACCAGACUGCGCUUUGGAAUAGAGAUUUCCCGGAGAUGGAGGAAAGUAGCGAAACCAGUGCCAGUGGCAUCAAAUCUACACCUCUCGUUUCCGCGGGCGACGCAGUUAACGGCUUGGAAGCAGGAAGUUCUCAUACAGCGAGCCGGCCUAUUCCACCAAGUCCAUCAGCUUUGCCAGAGCCGAAUGACGACGAUGAUUAUUCCGCAUGGAUGGUGGAUGACUAG